AUGGCCAUCUUGAAAUCAUCUAACCCUCAAGCCGUCGCAGAGGCUCGCCCCGCUGAGCUCGAUGCCUCGAAGCUCGUUGUUACCCUGGCGAAAACACUAAAGCCUCUUCCUGUUCCGGAAUCACUGGUUUUCGGCCAGACACAAACCGACCACAUGCUGGUCAUGAAUCACGACCCCGUACAUGGCUGGUCAGCGCCAGAGAUCAAACCUUAUGCGCCGUUGAGCCUUGACCCCAUGAGCUCCUGCCUGCAAUAUUGCCCCAAUGUCUUCGAGGGAAUGAAAGCAUACCUAGGACCUGAUGGCAAAGCCCGUUUGUUCAGACCUCGAAAAAACAUGGAGCGUCUCGCACGUUCGGCCGACCGCGUGGCACUACCACCAUUCAACACGGACGCCCUCCUCACCCUCAUCGAACGCUUCAUUCAGAUUGAGAAACGGUGGAUACCAACCAAGCCGGGAUACAGCUUAUACAUCCGACCCACAAUCAUCGGUACUCGGGCAGCUCUUGGAGUCGCGGCCUCUGACAGCGCAUGCAUCUUCGUCAUCGUAACUCCAGCCGGACCCUACUUCCGAGGCGGCACCAAACCCAUAUCAUUGCUUGCCGUCAGCGAAAGUGUGCGUUCAUGGCCGGGAGGGACUGGUGGACACAAACUGGGAUUGAACUACGCCCCAGGGUUUGCCCCUCAACGAAUAGCCGCGAAGCAGGGCUACGACCAGAUCCUAUGGCUGCUCGGAGACGACCAACGAGUAACAGAAGUAGGAGCAAUGAAUUUUUUCCUCGUUGCACAGAGAGAUGAUGGAGAUUUGGACAUCAUCACCCCACCGCUAGACGGCACCAUUCUCCCCGGCCUCACACGCGAUUCCACGCUCACCCUCGCGAACGCCCACACCUCCGGGAAACUCCUCCUCCCCAGCAUCCCAGCCUCACAAAAGCUGCACACGCACGAACGCGUCCUUACCAUGUCCGAGAUCACUGCCCUCUCAGCGCAGGGCAAGAUUAUCGAGUCUUUCGGCGUGGGAACGGCCGUCGUCGUUGCCCCUGUGGGCCGCAUUGGCCAUGAGGGCAAGGAUCUCAUCCUCCCUGUGCACGAGGCUGGGUUGGGCCCCGUUGGGAAGGCCAUGUACACCGUGAUCACUGAUAUCCAGACUGGGAGACGGCAAUUCGAGAACUGGAGUGUGUUGUGCGAGUGA